AUGACUACGCGAAUAUUUAGAAAAGUAUUGACGGAUUUUGCGAUCGGAAGGAGAAAAUUACAUGUAACUGUGAAUCAUUUGUCUUUCUAUCAAAAAGAUCGAAGAUCAGGUUAUAAAGUAGUGUAUGAUAGACCACCACCGGAACAAAACUUGAGCAUUAUAGGCAGAUUACGCGAAGGGUGCCGACAAUUGAAGGAAGAGUUUGGUAUUUGGUUGGAAGAAAUGAGGGAAACGUUGAAAAUGGAUCCCACUUUUAUAUACAGAACAAAUGAAGUGGAUGUUGUGUGGCGAUUUAACAAAGAUCCAAAAUCAUUGGAUCAGUGGGUUACUAGCUGUGAUAGUGAUUACGAAGAAGGCUACUCAACAGCAAAAUUAGAAUUAUCUUCUACUGGAACUGGCAUAUUCUCUGGUACAUUAAGCACUCGUUUGCCCAAAGAUGGCAGAAUAAAAAGUGCUGGUUUCUGUAAUAUUACUACAAUUCCUAAACAAAGAUCCUUCAAACGCGAUAUUUGUCAUGAUUGGACGCCAUAUACUCAUCUCAUUCUUCGUGUUAGAGGAGAUGGCAGAUGUUACAUGCUGAGUAUUUCAACCAGAGGCAUAUUCGAUUUAACGUGGAACGAUGUAUAUAAUUAUGUGCUUCAUACCAGAGGUGGACCUUAUUGGCAAUAUGUUAAAGUACCAUUCUCCAAAUUUGUAUUUUCAAGUAAAGGCAGGCUGCAGGACGAUCAGACAGCCAUCAUGCUGCAUGAAGUCACAAAUUUUGGUAUUACAUUAUCAGACGACAUUAAUGGUCACUUCAAAUUAGAAAUUGAUUAUAUUGGUUUGGAGAACGAUGAAUAUCAUAACGAAGAGUUUGCUUAUGAAUCUUAUAAUUUUUCAGGAGUCAGAUUUUAAUUUUUACAUACAAAGUAUGAUAAAAAAAAUUUUGCCACUUCGUUAUUACUCUCCGUUUAUGUCGGGAGUAUAAAUAGAAAAUAUGAAAAAAAGUUGCAUUGUACAUGAAUAAUAAAAAUUUAUAUAUAAUUUAUUAACAAUA